AUUCCUAAUAAUUUAUUUCGGUUAAGAAAACGAAAACUCGAAGCUAUUUACUAUUAUUUAUAUCAUCAUGAAUUAACACAUAAUAAAGAGCCUAUAAUAGAAUCGUUGCAAACACAUCAAUUGGCUGAAUACUUAUUGAAUACUAUCUAUCCUGGAUAUCCUACCUGUAAAGCUAAAAACAUAGCUUAUACAGACUAUAGAGAAUGUAGAGAGAAAGAAAUAGGACAUAUAAAUCCAUUAGCUUAUGAUUAUGUACCAACAACGGAAAUGUAUGAACAUUUAGAUGAAAUCUAUAGAAUAGACAUUGAUUGGAAUAGUAAUUAUACUGGAAGCUUAUCUAUUGAUUUAUCUUCAACUGAAUUAAAAAGGUCUAUAGAAAGAAUACAGUUCUCUUUUAAUGAUAAAUCAAUGGUUGAAGGAUUUAUGCAUGUUAAUAUAACAAAGAGUCUUAAAGAAUGUCUUGUUGAUUCUUUAUUAAAUCACUCUAAAGAAGAUUCAAACAAAUCAACGACACUUUCAUCUGCUCGAAUUCAACUUGAAAUUGAAUUACAUGAUAAUGAAGAAUAUAAUAUUAAUCAUAUAUCAAUUUCUGCAGUUAUCAAAAAAUCAACAGACAAGUUGGUCUCUGAACUUUAUCUUCAAGCAACAACAGAAAAUAUAGCUAAAGCUAUAAAGAAUAGUUUAUCACCUUUAGUGACUCAAAGAACUGCAAUUCAUCUCCUAAGACAAUAUUGUACAAUAUCAGAAAAAUUAAAAAAUGCAGAAGCAUUAUUCUUGUCAUUUCAAAAUCAUACUCUAUUUUCUUCAUCAAAUAAAAAAGAAGAUCAAAUAAGGACCAUCUCUCUUGUUGACCUUUCAGUCAUAGGUCAAAGAAUACGACAUCCGAUCAAAAGUGUUCAUUGUCAACAUGAUAUGUCCUUUGAUGCUACUAUUUUCUUUGAUAAACAUGCCCAUGUUAAACUUUGGUAUUGUCCAAUAUGCUGUGUACAUAUCAAAAGUUUCGAGGAACUACGUAUAGAUUAUACAGCCAAAUUAAUAUUAAAUCAAUAUUCUUCUUCUAAUCAACAAAAAUGA